GUCUCAAAUCUCAAAUCGAGUCUGAUGAUGAUACGGAUUCUUUAGAGAGUUAGGUUAAUUUUCAAUAGUCAGUUUUAAAGCAGAUAAUAAUAAAUAAUUUUGCUUACAAAUUACCCGCAUUUGCCUCAUGACACGAAAUCAUUCUAACUAGCAAAUGAUGUGUGUGUUUUUAUUCGUAUUUUCUGUUCAUGCCGACCUCAGUAAAAUGAAAUAGACUGACUAUUAGUUAUAUUAGAAUCAAACUGAAUUUAUCUUCAGUUCUAACUCACUUGAAAAUAUAUAGUAUUCUUUGAAUUAAAAUGCUCCGAUCUGUUUUAUCAGGUCUACAUCAAGCAACAAAAAAUGUUCGAUGUUUAGGAUCGUUGUUAAGUACUUCUAGACCAAUUAACCUAUCACUCUUCUCACCAAGAGUCUCUUUAAUUGAACCAACAAUAAGGAACUUUAGUGUGAACUUAGUAAAUGGGGUGACUGCUGCACUUCCACUCAUUAGCCACAGAUCCUCAGGAUUACUACAGCCCAAAUCUGUACUUGUAGAUACAGUUAGAACCAAUAUAAAGUUCUCAAAAACUAAAGGAAAAAGAAAGACGGUCAAAGUUGUUUUGAAGAAAUUCUACAGAUUAAACUGGGGAUGCUGGAUACACGCAAAGUGUGGGCGACACAAGCGUCUGUACAAGAAGAGUGCGGCUCGCCGGCGUCGUCUGCAGUACCACGUCUUUUGUAAUUCUACCCAAAGCAUGCUUCUGGACAAGAUGGUAACUAGAUACUGGAGGAAACCAAAGUACUAUGUAGAUGACUCUUACGAACCAUAUCACACAAGGGAAGAAUUCAAACUCACCAGAUCAAAACCUUAUGAUCCCUUUUUGUAGUAGAGCCAUGUACAGUAGAAUUAAAUAAUAAAAUGUUAUUGAAUUGUG